UAUUCAAAAUAAUAAAUAUAACCGUAUGUGUGGUGCUCCGUCUUCUAGGGUAGAAAUCCAUUUGUAUAUAAACAAUCGUCGAUGAUCAUUUCAUUCGUGUCUCAUUUAAACGGAAAUUAGAAAAGGAGGAAAUAUAUCGCGAGAUGUCCAAGUUGCCAAAUUUAGGUGGCGAAAGUGCGAUUGAUGUAAAGGUCAAGGAAUGUCUGGAAGAGAGUUUAAUUCAGGAUGAUUAUAAGAAACUAAAACAUGAAAAUGAGUGUUAUCUGCAGCAGUUGCAUGUUUUACGACUCAAGCUGGAAGCCAGCGAAGCACUGAAUAAAGAGCUUCAAGAAAGGAACGAGGCUUUGGAGCAAUCGGCUGAUCAACAUGCAACGAAAAUAAACCAAAUGUUUGCCGAAAGGAAAGAAAAGUAUAGAGUUGAAAAAGAAGAAUAUGAAAAUUAUAUUGCAGAUUUAGAAAUAAAAGCUACACAAAAUAUACAAGAGAUUACAGAGUUGCGUGAAGAAUUAAAAAGAUUGAGAAAUUUAAAUCAACCACAUGAUUCCAUUUGUACAGAUGAUGUAACGAUGUAUAAGGAAGAAAACAAAGAGUUAGCUAUACUUCUUAAAACUGAGAAAAAAAAUGUAGAACAAUUAGAAGAGAAAUUUACAAAUAUGGAGACUCAAUAUCAAGAACUUGAAAAUCUCUUAAAAAUAACAACAAAACAAUUAGAAGAAAAAAAUGAGGCAUUAGAAAAUAUGCGUGAAGAAUUAGCUAUUAAUCGUAUGGAAUUGGAGUCAUUGAAAGUAACUCCUGCUAGUGUUACAUGUAAAGGCAAUUCUCUAUUCGCCGAAGUUGAAGAUCGCAGACAAAUGUUGUUGGGUCAAAUGAAAAAACUACAGAUUAAAUACCAGGAAGCAAAACAAGCAUUAAAUAUAAAAAUGAAGGAAAUCCACUUAUUAAGAACAGAGAAGACUGAAUUAAUUAGGAAAUGGGAAACUGAUGUAAUUGAUGCUCAGCAGGAGGAUGCAGAUCUUUUAAAUAAAUAUAAAAGUAGAAUUUUUGAUCUUGAGAGUAAGUUGAAAAUUGAAAUAGAAAGAAACAAUCAAGUGGAAGAAAUACAAUCUACAGAUGACAGUUUCAAUUAUGCUCAAUUAUUGGUGACCAAAACGAAAAAAGAAUUAAAGGAAUUGAAAGAAAAAAUGGAAAGACAAAUUAUGCAAAUGUUAAUACAAGAAGAAGCAAAUCAUCAUAUAUCAAAGCAGCUUCGUUAUUGGCGAUCUAAAGCAAUAUCUAUGGAGGUUCAAAUUUUGGCUAUAAAAACGCAGCUAGAAACACAACAGAUAAAUAAUAAUCAUAAUAAAAAUCUAUCAGAAAUUAUUGAAAAUUUCAAUGUUAAUAUUGCUAAUACUGAUUUUGAAAAAUCUUGUGAUAAUUUAAAAAUUACAUCUAAUAAUCUUAUACCGGCGAGUAAUAUAUGUCAACGAAAUUUAAGAGCAUCAGAUAAAUCAAUAGUAGAUGAAUGUAUAAAUAAUCAAAAAGAAUUCAAUAAAAAAGUCAUUUAGUUCAUUAGUGGAUAUUAAA